AUGGCGCCACCUCCCAGCAAUGCUGUAAAGAUGGCGGACGCGAAAGACCUAUCAAGGAAGAAUCCUUCCAAAGCAGAAACAAUGUACAAGGACGUCCUGUCGAAGGCGCCUGGCUCCAAUGAGCAGGCAUUAAAAGACUACGAAAGCGCUUUGGUAGGUCUUGGGGAGCUGUAUCGAGACAAUAAGAAGGCCGAUGAGCUGGCAGAGCUUAUCAAGUCCAGCCGCUUGACCCUCUCUUCCUUUGCGAAGGCGAAGACAGCUAAGCUAGUCCGCCAGCUUCUUGACUUCUUUGGUGACAUUCCGAAUUCUUUGGAGACGCAGAUAUCCGUGACAAAAUCUUGCAUAGACUGGGCAAUCUCUGAAAAACGAUCAUUCCUGCGACAAAACCUGGAGACCCGACUAGUUAGCCUUUACAUGCAUAAACAAGCGUAUUACGAUGCUCUGACGCUUAUCAACUCAUUGCUUAGGGAACUGAAGCGUUUGGACGACAAGCUUGUGCUGGUUGAGGUACAAUUGCUCGAGUCUAGAGUGUAUCACGCUCUGACGAAUCAAUCAAAAGCAAGAGCUGCUCUGACCUCUGCAAGAACGUCAGCAGCUUCAGUCUAUACACCGCCGCUGUUACAGGCUGGUCUGGAUAUGCAAAGCGGCAUGCUUCAUGCAGAAGACAAAGACUUCACAACAGCAUUCUCCUACUUCAUCGAAGCACUCGAAGGUUAUCAUUCGCAAGAUGAAGGGUCUAAGGCGACUUCUGCGCUUCAGUACAUGCUUCUUUGUAAAAUCAUGCUGAAUUUGGUGGACGAUGUGACAUCAUUACUGGGGUCAAAGCAGGCCCAAAAAUAUGCUGGAACGAACCUCGAAGCAAUGAAAGCUGUCGCCAGAGCCCAUGCAAAUCGAUCGUUGGAGGAAUACGAACAGGCACUAUCGGAUUACCGGUUCGAACUCGGAAGCGACAUCUUCAUACGGAACCAUUUGAGACGUCUCUACGAUGCCAUGCUCGAACAAAAUCUCAUCAAGGUCAUUGAGCCAUUUAGCAGAGUAGAGAUCGACCACAUCGCCAAGAUGGUUGGUCUUGAUACUCAGCAGGUCGAACGAAAGCUAUCACAGAUGAUUCUGGAUAAGGUCAUCAUUGGCGUGUUAGAUCAAGGUGCAGGAUGUUUGAUUGUAUACGAUGAGCUAGAACGUGAUCAGGGUUACGAUGCGGCGUUGGAGACCAUCGAGAAGCUGAGCAAUGUUGUGGAUGUCUUGUACACCAACCAGGCAUCUUUGCUGGAGUAG